UGCGCGUUCUGAGUCGCCGCCCUAGCCGCCGGCCUCCGGGGCCGGCGCUUCCAGGCCGGGCUGGACAGGCACCUCCCGCCCCUCGAGGCAACCGCCGCCUACCCGCGUGUGUGGAAGGAGCCGCCGCCGCCGCCGGUGCAGACCGCGGAAGAGUCCGGGGCCCCGAGACAUGGGCAACAUCCCGCCGCGCUGCGAGAACAGGUUCCGGUCACUUCCGCCUGUCGGAACCCCGUCCCCGGCAGCCGCGCUAGUUCCGGCGCCCGGAACCUGGCGGGGACGGCGAGGAGUCCGGCCCGAGACGCGGCCGAGGCUGCGGCCAUGACCGGCCGGCAGCCCCAGAUGGAGAGCGGAGCCUAGCGGGCCCGGCCCGGCGGCGGGGACUCGCAGGCUCCCGAGACCCGGCGGAGGAGCCGACACCCAGCCCUGAGCCAAUCCCGCCCCGGCCCCGGAGGGACUCCCGGGCGCCCUUCCCCGCGGCUCGCCCACUUCCCUCCGUGACGAAGUUUUCUCCUGUGCCUUCCCGAGAAGGAUCGCUCUCUCGCUCUAGGACUCGCCUUCUGGCGGACUUGCUUGGUUUGCUUUGGGAGCAUCUGUGGAGUGUACCUAUGUGCCAAGCACAGAGCUGUGCUUAGGAGGCAGUGGUGAACAAGUCGUUCAUGGCUCCCUGUCUACAUGAAUUCACAGCCUGGCAGAGAGUGAAGCCCUAAGCCCUGGUGGGUUUUGACAGUUCACUGGGAAGCCACAUCACCUUGCUGGCUGCCACACCGUGUAGUGUGCAGGAUCUUAGUUCCCCCGACCAGGGAUGGAACCCGUGUCCCUUGCAGUGGAAGCGCAGAGUCUUAACCACUGGACUGCCAGAGAAGUCCCUCAUUAAUUUUUUAUAUAUACAGAAAGAUAUUUAUUAUAUGGAACUGGCUCACGUGAUUUUGGAGACUGACAAGUACCAAGAUCUGCAGUGAAAGGAUACAGACUAAAAUCAGCAAAAGGAAGAGAAGCAUGGGGAAUGGUCCAGGAGAGUUCCAGGGAUCGGUAACAUUCAAAGAUGUGACUAUGGCCUUUACCAAGAAGGAAUGGGAGCAACUAGAUCCUUCUCAAAAGAGCCUGUACAAGGAUGUGAUGCUGGAGAAUUACAGCAACCUAGCCUCAUUGGGGUAUCAAGCUCUCAAACCAGACAUGAUAUCCAAGUUGGGAAAAGGAGAAGAGCCAUGGCUGGGGAAGGGGAAAAGACCCAGACAAGGUGGUCUGAGUGAAAUAGCAAGACCCAAGGGAAUAGGAGCCAAUGGAAAAGAAGUCCAGCAAGAUGAUGACCAGCUAGAGAACCACCAGGAAUCUCAAAACAAACUCCUUGGGGAAGUUGCUUUCAAGAAAACAACUCUGACUAAGAAAAAGGGCCAUGAAUGUAGUUCAUUGGGGAAAAAAAAUGUGAGUACAAAAUACGUUCCUUCAAAAAAAAAGCUUCUUAAAUUUGAUUCACAUGGAAAGAAUUUAGACUUACCUGGUCAUGUAAGAAAUUAUGCAGAAAAGAAACCUGAUGUAGCUAAAGAGCAUACGAAAUCAUUCAGCCAUAGCUUAUCUGAUACAAAGAAAGACAAAAAUCAAACUGGAAAGAAAUGUGAGAAAUUACCCAACCAUAGCUCAUCUAAUAGGCCUGAUAAAACUCAAACUGGCAAGAAACAUACUGAACGGGACAAAAUUCAAACUGGAGAAAAACAUAAGGAAUCAUCCAGCUGUAGCUCAUCUCCUACUAAGCGUGACAAAACUCAGAAUAAAGUGAAACCAUAUGAAUGUAAUGAAUGUGGGAAGGUUCUCAGCCACAAACAAGGACUCGUUGACCAUCAGAGAAUUCAUACAGGUGAGAAACCAUAUGAAUGUACUGAAUGUGGGAUAGCUUUUAGCCAAAAAUCACACCUUGUUGUACACCAGAGAACUCACACUGGAGAAAAACCAUAUGAGUGUAUUCAGUGUGGCAAAGCCCAUGGUCAUAAACAUGCCCUCACUGACCAUCUGAGAGUUCAUACUGGGGAAAAGCCCUAUGAAUGUACUGAAUGUGGGAAAACCUUCAGACAUAGCUCAAACCUUAUUCAACAUGUGAGAUCUCAUACAGGCGAGAAGCCCUAUGAAUGUAAGGAAUGUGGAAAGUCCUUUAGGUAUAACUCAUCUCUUACGGAACAUGUGAGAACUCAUACAGGUGAAAUACCAUACGAAUGUAAUGAAUGUGGAAAAGCCUUUAAGUAUAGCUCAUCCCUUACUAAACAUAUGAGAAUUCAUACAGGUGAGAAACCCUUUCAAUGUAAUGAAUGUGGGAAAGCUUUCAGCAAGAAGUCACACCUCAUUAUACAUCAAAGAACUCAUACUAAAGAGAAACCCUAUAUAUGUAAUGAAUGUGGAAAAGCCUUUGGACAUAGCUCAUCUCUUACUUACCAUAUGAGAACUCAUACAGGUGAGAGUCCUUUUGAAUGCAAUCAAUGUGGGAAGGCUUUCAAGCAAAUUGAAGGUCUUACUCAACAUCAGAGAGUUCAUACUGGGGAGAAGCCCUAUGAAUGUAAUGAAUGUGGGAAAGCCUUUACCCAAAAGUCACACCUCAUUGUACAUCAGAGAACUCAUACUGGGGAGAAACCCUAUGAAUGUAAUGAAUGUGGAAAAGCGUUCAAUGCAAAGUCACAACUUGUUAUACAUCAGAGAUCCCACACUGGAGAGAAACCGUAUGAAUGUAAUGAAUGUGGAAAAGCCUUCAAACAAAAUGCAUCCCUUACUAAACAUAUGAAAACUCAUUCAGAAGAGAAAUCUCAUGAGUGAAAUUAGUGGGGGAAGUCUGAACUAAAGGUUUUAUUUAACCUUAGAAGUAUUCUAACUUUAAAGAAUGUUAGAAAGCUUUUAACAAGAAGUCACACCUCGUUACACAUGAGAGAAUUUGAAAAUGAAUCAUCACAUGGAAGAAAUGGAUGGAGAGUUUAAACCUGAUACUAAACCUUUUAGAUAAAAUAUUGUUUUAAAAAUAAUUACUAUAAAUGAUCUAUAUAUUCAGAUUGAAUAUAAAGCUUUUAAAAUUGUUAAUAAUUGAAUAAUCAGAGCACUAGAGAAACAAAUUACAUUUUCUGACAAUUCCUGAGUUGCUUGAGUGUUGUGUACUUAAGCACCACAUACGAGAAUUGAAUUUGCAUAUCUGUUUAUUGCCAUGUAUAAAUGUGUGUGACCAUUGGUAUGAGUUUCAUCUUUGAUGCUAUCAUGCAGCUCUUUCUUAAUGUCUUUGCUAGUCUCUGCGUCAGCAGAAAACUUUAUAAAAGGGUUAUUAUCUAUGUUAAAAAAAUGUUAACACAAAAUUAAGAGAAAAUGAAGGAAAUCAGCUGAGAACACACAGGUGCUGGUAGGGAAUGCUAUCCAAGAUAUAUUGUUGAGUGAAAAAAGCAGGUUGCUCAACUGCAUAUAUAGUUUGUUCCCACUUGUGUACAAAAGGGUGUGUGUGUUUUCCUGUCUGUCUGUGUGUAUGUAUGUAUGUAUGUGUGUAUAUAUACGUAUAUUUAUAUGUGAGUAGAUUGAUUUGAAAAAAUACAAAAGAAACUUAGUGGUUGCCAUUGGGCACAGGAGUACAGGAAUGGGGUCUGGGAUGGGAGGGAGACCUCCUUUUUAUUGUAUACUCUUUAAAUUUUUAACUCAUGUACAUAUAUUAUUUUCACAAUUAAAAUCCUUUUAAUAUGUAUAAAUGAAUACUAAUGAAAAUUUUCACUGAACCCACUCCACGAUGUUAUUUGACAAAGUAAGAGUUUUUAUGCUUAUUCAUGAAUGAGGAUAUGGUAUUAAAUUUGAUAUUGAAUUCAC